AUGUCAUUCGUUGGGGUUAUAGACUCAGAAAAGAACAAGGUUAUAUGGUCUAAGGCUAUUCUGUCAUUGGCGGCAAUAUCUGAUCAUCUUAAAUUUAUUAUUUCUCCCGAUUCAUUAUCUAUUUCAGCAGUGAAUAAUGCAAAAACAUCUCAUGCAGAGAUUUUCUUCAAAAAAUCAUUCUUUUACGAUUACUUUGUCGACUUUACAAACAUAAUACCAGAAGGAUUCGAUAAUGGCAUUGAAAGUGGUAUAGAUUCCGAACUUGAUGAUUCUAGAUUGUCGUACUCGUUCGUGAUUAACUCAAAGCAUAUGGCCAUACUUUUUAAGAAUCUUGACGCGGUUGAUAUUGACUACAUAUGCUUCAAAAUACACUGGUCGAGGGAUGCACAGAUAAACAUGAAAUAUAAAUUGUUGAUAGAAAUAAAGACCAGAAAAUUAAUUAUUAAAAAGUAUCAAACGAGUUACCAACCUGUUUUUAAGAAUCAGUUAAAUGUUUCAUCGGUGUACAAGCGAGAAUUAUACAACCAGCAACACCGAGAAAAAAGCAAAGAAGAGCCCGAACGUGAUAGAAUAAACUAUAUAAUGAUUGAACAAAUUAUACCUAAGCAAUUCUUGGACAUGAUUCCGGCGUCUACUGAAGAUUUCAAAAUUGAAAUCAAAAAUGAAAAGUUUCUGUUAAGUGGGUAUACUAAACAAGUUCAAAAAGAUAGGGAAUAUUUAAAGCAACAAAUGUCUGUAACAAUUGCUUUAACUCUUGAAGACUUACUCAAUACCAAUAUUAGUGCUGAAGCCAACAAUGAGCAAGGAAGAAAAUGCAUAAAUUUCAGAUUGAGAGAUUUCAGAAAUUUCAUGAACUUAAUUACAUCAAUCAGCAUGCCAAUAAAUACAGACUCCAACAAUGAUGAAUAUUUAAAUCUAAACAAUAUGAUUUCAAUGUCAAAUGAAGAUUAUUUCGAAAUAUUCUUCAAGAAUCCUGGUGACCCUAUUUUGUUUGAAUUGCAAAAUAAUCCCCACAUUUUGAUACAAUACGUACAGAUUACCAAUGAUGAUGAAUACGACCUACCAGAGAACUCUAAAGUCAAUAUUAACGGAGCUAAUAAUCCUCAAAGCAAAUUAGCCUUACAGCCACACGUAAUUCACAAAGUUUUAUCAGACUCUGAUAAUAUUUCCACAGAUACUAGAUUCUCAAAAAGCAACAAAACCCAAAAAGCGAAAACCUCUAUUCCUUUGAAAAUGGGAAAAUCACCGCUGAAUCCCGAAUAUAGUCCACCCACUAAUGAAUUAUUUGUACCAGAAACCGAAAGUCAAACUGCAGCGUUUGAUUAUUCCUCAAAUUAUGAGAACGAAGAAUUGAUAACAUAUGGUAAGAGAAUGUCACAAGGCGAGACACAAACAAAUAAACGACAAAAGGUGGAAGAAAGAAACGGUAUCGGGAUACUAAAUAUAGAUAUGCAUAAAUUGAAUAGUAUGAUCGAUGGCAAGGAAAAUGCCCAAAUGGAUAAGAGAAUAAUAAUUAACGAAGAUACCGAUUAUGAAUCGGACGAAAAACAAGAAGUAACACUAGGGCCCACACAAGGAGCCGAUCGUCCAAAAUCUAUAUUUGACUGA